AGUAGCUCACAAUUCAAUCCAAUCUCCGCCUAGGGUUUUUGCUGCCGAGCCACUCCCCUCGUUCUAGUUAAGCUUUCAGCUCUUUCAACUCCACAGCCAUGGCCGAACAGACGGAGAAGGCGUUCUUGAAGCAGCCAGGUGUUUUUCUUAGCUCGAAGAAGACAGGGAAGGGGAAGAGACCAGGGAAGGGAGGUAACCGCUACUUCAAGAGCAUUGGUCUAGGGUUCAAGACUCCUCGUGAGGCUACUGAAGGUACGUACAUUGACAAGAAAUGUCCAUUUACUGGAAAUGUUUCAAUCAGAGGUCGUAUCCUUGCUGGUACAUGCCAUAGUGCCAAGAUGAACAGAACCAUCAUUGUUCGUCGGAACUACCUGCAUUAUGUCAAGAAGUACCAGAGAUAUGAGAAGAGGCAUUCCAAUAUCCCAGCUCACAUAUCACCUUGCUUCCGUGUGAAAGAGGGAGAUCAUGUUAUCAUUGGACAGUGCAGGCCUUUGUCCAAGACUGUGAGGUUUAAUGUGUUAAAGGUGAUUCCAGCUGGUUCUGCUGGUGGUGGCAAGAAAGCAUUUACAGGAAUGUGAGCAGGUGUUUCUUGAGUUUGUUGUCACUUCUAGAGUAUGAAAGUAAUUAUGUUUAAGACUGAGAAGAGGAGUGACGUUAAGACUUCUCUACUAAAAGCUGUUUGCGUUUGCCUUUGAAGGCUUAAAUUUUGCAUGGAUACUUGCUACUUAUCAUUAGUACAAGGAGUUCAGAUUUCAGUUUAAUUGUUACCAUUCUUAUUUCAGAUCAAAUGUUCUUCCUGA